AUGCCAGAGAACGUACAAGCGUCUCAAGCCUCACACCACUAUAUUCCGCAUCCUCACCUCUCCUUCCAUCAUACAAAUCCAAUUGAGAGUCAGAUCGAUGAGCUGUGUUCGGAAAGGUACUCAGAAACAUCGUAUGAUGGUCUAGGAGAGCUUUCCGAUUUGGUGGAGCAAACCAAGGGUUCACCGAGUGUGGUAGCCAAGGCCAUCCGUCACCAUCUCGAGGGCGACUCUGUCCAUGCUCAGAAGCGCGCUCUUACCAUCAUUGAGGGCCUUGUGGAAAUGGGUACACCCGAGUUCCAAAGGAAGUUUGCGGAGCCUACAUUGGUCCAUGCCUUCCAGAACACUGCUGAGAAUUUUGGUACAGAUAACGGUGUUCGUCGUAAGCUUAUGCUCAUGCUCCUUUCGUGGCACCGUCACUUUAUGCGUGACCCCACUAUGGCACAUGUGUCCAGUCUAUAUGGUCUUUGUGGUGGUGUGGAUCGCGUUCCGGUAAUGCCUAACCAGGCGAAGGUGAUUAAGCCUCUUCAUGAGCAUGAAAGCACUGUUGACUUGCUGGAUGAUGACUCGGAGCGCGUAAGUGUUGCUGGUGCUAUCUCACUGGCCUCUUCGGAAUCGCAGGCUCUUUUGCAGGCUAUGGUCAAUGCUCGCGAAGUUCACACCAAUGUACUAGCCAAUGAACAAGUGCGCGUUCAUGUCUCCAAUGUCUUGAACUCGCAGAAGCAGUUAGUGCGGUUCAUUCACACGGUGAACGAUGAGCACUAUCUGGGCUCGCUUGUGCAAGCCAACGACAAGAUUGUGGAUGUACUUCAGCGUCUUCAAAUGGCAGCGGCUGGUGGUCCCAUUGCUACGCACGCUCUCGGUACAGAGGCGCCGGACCGCUCUGACAUUAUCACGCAGGCCUCACAGCGCCUUACCUCCAUCUCAGAGUCGGAGCCGACCGUUUGGUCGAACCUCUCGCGUGAAGUGGAUCACUCCUUGAUGGUGCACUCUGGCUUUACCUCAGCGGCUCCUUCUCGCCCAGGUUUGGAGGCACCUGAGCGCGCUGAUGGCACCGAGAUUGAUAUGGCUGCUGCAGCUCACAACACAAAGCAAGUAAAUAUGUAG